CCAGCUCCAUCAUCCACAGGGAGAAGAGGCCUCCUUAGCUCCUCUUACAGUGACACACCUCCCCCAAGUCCGCAAUGGUGGCCUACAGAAUGACCUCGACGGUGGCGCUGGUGGUGGUGGUAGCUCUUGGCGCCUCGAUCCUCAUCCUCCCCCACGCACACGCCCGCUCAGCAGAAGGGUUCGGGCGCAUGGAGAGGCUGUUGGGUCAACUGAGAGGCGGUGGGGACUCCUCAGCAGCGUUGGGAGAGCUGAGGGUAGCCGGGGAGGGACCAGCCGGCCACCCUCUGGAUAAACGCCAGGCCUACGACCGCUCCUGCAAGGGCAUCUACGACAGGUCCCUCUUCAGCAAGCUGGAACACGUGUGCGACGACUGCUUCAACCUCUACCGCUCGUCCCAUGUCGCUAGUGGCUGCAGGGAAAACUGCUACAGCAACCUCGUCUUCCGCCAGUGCAUGGACGAUCUUCUCUUGAUGGACAUGUUCGACGAAUAUGCCAAGGCCAUCCGGGUGGUUGGCAGGAAGAAGUAAACACACAGACAUAAUUAUAUUGAUUGUUUAACCCUCUCAGAGCCAUGGCGUCCUCCUAACGAGCGAAGGAAAAUAUGGAAAAUACGCAUGGAUGUUUUUUUUUUUCUUGUCGAUGUUUUGAAGGCGUAAGCAAACAGUAAGUAUUUUGGCCAUAUUUUAGCCAUCUCCGUCACAGCGUCCUCGAAAUAGUGGAAGUUAGCACGGAAAAUAGAAGCAAAAGAGGAAGGGUAUCGGUUAGCAUGUCAACGGUUGGAAGGAGUAAACAAACAUAUGUUAUUGUUUUCCUUGUCGACGUUUUGAAGAUGUAAACAGUAAUAUUAUCCUUGGGUCACAUUUUAAGUAAGCCUCACAGAAAGCCACAUCGUCUUCGAAACAUGGAAAGAUAACAACGAAGUGAGAGUAAAAAAUGAGAACAGGUAUUUU